GAUCAGCAAUGGACUUUCAGCAUUGCAGAAAAGUAGCUACGGGCUGACCGAGUCAGAGAGCAUGCACAGUACUGAAAUACAAAUUCAACAAGAGCCAUGACAGGUGGAAGGCAAAGUUGCUUCAACACAGACGAGUGGAAGGCAAAUGUAUCGACCUGAAAUGCAAAUUCAGCAAGAGCCAUGACAGAGGAAAGAACAAAGAAGCUUCAAUCACAGCAGAAGCAACUUAUGAUCUUUUCAACCAUUCCCUUUGUUCAUGUUCAACAUCUGUGAGAAUUUGAUUCAGUGUUCACUAUUCAGGGGUAGACUCAGAGUUUACAAGAGAGUAUCAACUUCAUCGAGCUCGAGUAGAUGCAACCUUGUUCUUCUCGAUCAACUUCACACUUCCAACUGCCGUCUGCAAGCAGUUGAGCUUGUCAUCUGGGCCAAAAACCUCUUCUUUAUGGAGGGGAUGGCUUCGUGGAGGGAUAGGAAGAAGAACUAAAGAAGCGGUGAAUAUCCCUAGACGACAUAAUGGUGGCGGGAGACACGUAGGCUCGGACAACCGUUGGUCCCCGACCCAAACCCCCCAACCUAACAAUUAAUAAUUACACCAUCAACCAAAAAAACCCCAAAAAGAAAUAAUACAAAGGGAAAGGCAGAAAGAGAGAGAUGGUAGUUCCUCUUCCUCUGCUUUUGCGCUGCAGAGACACGGGACACAGCCAUUGCCACCAACAGUUACAAUCAUCCACCCCAACAAGAAAAGUGCAGAGAAAGAGAGAGUGACAGACUAUUGCAUUGGCAUUGCCUCUUCUCUCCGUCUCUUCCCCUGUUUUCUCUCAUCUUCUCCGGCAAGCCACUAGACUCGUCAAACAUUGCUUCUCUUCGACGCCAUUCUUUCUUCCACUUCUACUUCUACUUCUACUUUCCCCCCUCUCUCUCUCUCUCUCUCUCAAAAUCUUUGUACUGGUGAUCUUGUGAUCCUGAUAUAGUCCCGCCAUUAAAAGCCUUCACGAUCCCUCCUUUUCUUCCCACUCACCUGACCCUUUAUAGCUCACCCCCUCGCUUCCCUUGUCUUCUCUUCUCUGCAUCAAUACCAUAAUCAAUCACUCUAUUCCAAUGGCGGUGACCGGGUUCAGAGAAAAGGCGCAAUCUUUCCAUAUUUUGAUUCUCUUGUUGGCUCUGUCUACUUCGCUUCAAUGCAGCUUACUGAUAGUCUCGGUGGAUGCCAUUCUCGACCCACUCGAUUUCCUGGCCCUGCAAUCGAUUCGGAAAUCGCUAGACGACAUGCCGGGCUCCAAUUUCUUCUCCUCCUGGGACUUCACCUCCGACCCCUGCAACUUCGCCGGAGUCUACUGCGACUCCGAUCGGGUCAUCGCCCUCAACCUCGGCGACCCGCGAGCCGGGUCGCCGGGUCUCAUCGGCAGGCUCGACCCGGCAAUCGGCAAGCUCUCGGCGCUCGCCGAGCUCUCCGUGGUCCCGGGUCGGAUCAUGGGCUCACUGCCCGAAUCCGUCUCCCAGCUCAAGGACCUCCGAUUCCUCGCCAUCAGCCGGAACUUCCUCACCGGAACCAUCCCGCAAUCCCUCUCCGAGCUAUCCAAUCUCCGAACCCUCGAUCUCAGCUACAACCAGCUCACGGGCCCGGUCCCUCCCUCAAUCGGGUCGAUCACCGGGCUGUCCAAUCUCAUCCUCUGCCACAACCGCCUCUCGGGUCCGGUCCCUCCGUUCGGAUCCCAAUUACUGACCCGACUCGACCUGUCCCACAACCAUCUCAACGACUCCAUCCAGCCUCUCUCCUUCCCUCCCUCGCUCCAGUACCUCUCCCUCUCUUGGAACCGGCUGGUCGGACCGGUCGACACGAUCCUCACCCGGCUCGACCAGCUCAAUUACCUCGAUCUCAGCGCCAACGGGUUCACCGGGCCGAUACCGGGUCGGAUCUUCGGGUUCCCCAUCGGCAACCUCCAGCUCCAGAGGAACGCGUUCGCGGGCCCGGUCCAGCCCACGGACCAGGUGGCGAUCCCCACCGUCGACCUUAGCUACAACAGGCUUUCCGGCCAGAUUUCCCCGAUGUUCUCCACCGUACAGAAUCUCUACCUCAAUAACAACCGGUUCAGCGGGGAAGUCCCCGGGAGCCUGGUGGACCGCCUGCUGGCGGCUGGAAUGGAGACGCUGUAUCUACAGCAUAAUUAUCUGACGGGGAUCGAGAUAAAUCCGACGGCGGAGAUUCCGGUGAGCAGCUCGCUGUGUCUGCAGUACAAUUGUAUGGUGCCGCCGCUGCAGACGCCUUGCCCGUUGAAGGCCGGGAACCAGAAGACGAGGCCCACCGCGCAGUGCAACGAGUGGCGAGGGUAGGGUUCGGGUUUUGGAGUGGGAGGAAUGGAGUAGGGGCAAGACGGUCAAUGGGAAUAUUGAUCCAAGAAAAAUGAGAGAAAUUCUUUUGUAUUAGUUUUUCUUUUCUUACUGUUACUGUCACUACUGUCAAGGUUAAUUUUUGGAUCCAUUCAUUUAAUAUUUUGUGUAGUGGGAAGGAGUGGGGUCGAAGAUGACUAUUCAUUGCUAUGAAGGAAGAGGAGGAAUAAGGAUAUGGUUUGGUU